UAUACAGCUCAUAUUUGGUUGUGUUAAAGAACAUUUUGUGUAGAUUACGAAUCUGCAAUCAGAUUACAGGUAACACCAAAGAUAUAUUGCGCAAUAGGUUACGCCCUCGCUAAUUCUCUCAUGAUCAUUGGUAAAGAUGGUAUCGUCAUCGUUGACGUCACAGAAAGUGUAACGGCAGGCCAGGAAGUAAUGAAAGCCUUUAGAAAGAUAACAACCAAGCCAGUGAAAGCUAUUAUAUACACCCACAACCAUGCUGAUCACACAUUUGGAGCAAUGGCCUUUAUUGAGAACAAAAACAAAAUGCCAGAAAUAUGGGCUCAUAAUGACAUUCUGCGUCAAUUUCAAAGAGUGUUCUACACAAAUGGAGCAUUUCUUCGAAGAGCUAUGAGACAAUUUGGCUCUCUUCUUUCACAAACUAUUAAUGCUGGCAUUGGUUUUAAUCUACGACUGGAUACAGAAAACACCGACAUUGGACUGGUAUACCCAACAAAAUUGUUUCAUGGAAAAGAGCGAGAUAUUGAAGUUGCUGGCUUGAAGCUGAAGUUAAUCCACAUCCCAGGAGAAACGGCUGAUCAGAUUGGUGUUUGGGUACCCGAUGAAAAAGCUUUCUUGUGUGCUGACGAUAUCUACAAAGCUUUCCCAAAUUUAUAUGCUAUUCGAGGUACCCCAGCAAGAGAUUUGUUAGACUGGACUUCUUCUAUAGAUACGAUGAUUGCACUUCAUCCCGAACACUUGGUUCCUAGUCACACCAGACCAAUAAAGGGUGAUCGUUAUAUCAAAGACCUGCUCACAAGUUACAGAGAUGCCAUUCAGUAUGUCCAUGAUCAGACCAUUCGUUACACAAAUAAAGGGUACCACCCUAACGAAAUAGCCACCUUAGUCAAACUACCUAAAUACUUAGCAAAGCUGCCAUAUCUACAGGAGUUUUAUGGAACCGUUGAAUGGUCGUCGAAGGGUGUCUUCAAUACCUAUAUGGGGUGGUUUAGUGGCGACCCCGUAGAAUUAUCCCCCUUUACUCCUGAUGAAACAGCUACCAGAAUGGCAAAGUUAGUUGGAGGUGCGAAUGUUCUCUCAGCUCAAGCCAAAGAUGCUUCUGAAAAGGGAGACCACCAAUGGGCACUUAUGUUAAGUUCCUAUGCUUUGAGAGUUAACCCCGAUGAUGUAAUGGCGAAAGAUGUCAAGGUUACUUCUUUAAUGGCACUUGGAAAACGACAAAUGAGUGCCAAUGGUAGACAUUAUUUUUUCACCACGGCUAUGGAAGAGUUAGGGGAAGUUAGUACUGAAGUGAGUGAUGUUCAACGAAAGAAGUUUAUUGAAAAUGUUCCAAUUUUAAAUUUAUUUAAGAUGCUCCAGGUUCGAUUCAUGCCAGAAUCUUGUAGUCAUUUAAAUAUCACCAUUCUCUUUGCUUUCAAAGAUAGUAAACAGUUUGUUAGAGUACAAGUUCGUAAUUCCAUUGUUCUUGUAUUUGAUAAACCCUCGCAGAUUUUUGAUAUUAAAGUUUCUACAACCGAAAAGAUAUGGAAAGAAAUUCUUAUAAGUAAAUACGCCGCAGUGUCUUCAUUAGCAAGUGGUGAAUUCAGUGUAGAAGGGGGGCUAUUAAAAUUCCGAGAGUUUAUUGGAUGCUUUGAAACGAACUAACGUCCGUAGCUGCACAUAUCAUUUCCUGUUGACUUCUGUGGCUUCAUAUACCAUUUCCUAUUGACUGUUUAAACUAAACGAAGAAAAUGAUUUGUAAAUUUUGAAGGAGCUCAAUUGAAAAAAAAAAAACAUUGUCUUGUGCAAGUUGGAAUAAAUAAAUGUACUCUAUGACUGAGAAUAACUAAUCUGAUGUGGGCGUGUGGAUCUAUAAAUAAGUGUUCAAGGAGGUUUAAUCAAGAACACACAAAUAAACAAUGGAUAGUAAUCACAAUAUUUCACAAUAAUCCUCUCAAGCCUUGAUCUUUUACGACAUCAUAAAUCAGACAGACACACUACCAUAAUCUAUUUUAUAUUUCAUAUCAAUACCACUGAUUAUACGGAAGAAAUGUUUCAUUGUAAUCAAAACAUAUAUUAGUUGUACUUUGAAUGUAAUUCUAUAAGUAAUCAGAGAAAACUAUUUUUGUGGAGUACAUUAAUGGUAUAUUCGCAUAUCAUAAACCUAUAUUCUAUUUUAAUUUGCUUACCAGCUUGUAAGUUGAAGCAGAACGAAAACAGGCAUUGGUAAAGCGGUCCGAAUCAAUCGGCACCACCUCUUCAAACAAUCACGUGAUAUGAGUGGAUGAUGAGGAGUGAUUGGCUAAUGAAUUCUACAAUCGGGAGAAUGCUUCAGUGAAGAGGACACACUAGGUGAAUAUACCAAUAUACCAAAUAAGGCCGGAUGAGAGUGGACACACUAGGCGCAUUCCGACGCCGAUGGAUUCGUCCGAAUCAUUCGGCUAGUGAGUUCACCGCUUUAAGACAACCUGUAGUUUUACAGAAACACUUGUAUAAUGUAAUAUGAAGACGCAUUGUUAUUGCCAGACGUUGACACCCUACCGUUCACUAAAACAACUGGUCCCAUUUCUUGGAUUUACAACCCGAGUGACAAAAAUGCCUAUGGACAUAUUUCAUACUUGGUCGGGAUUGUCCGUUGAAACAAAAGAGAGACUUCGAUUCUUGAUCGUGAAGUUAAUUGCCGCUCUGAUUAUGUUUUGACUUUAAAUACUGAAAAGGUGAUUUACGAGGUUCACCAUUCAGGACAGGCUUCGUUAAGGGCGUUCAACUCAAUUCAAUACCUGAAUCAAAGCUGUGUAUUUCCAUUAUAUCUGGACAGAUAAACAAAAUUAAAACGUUUCCAAAUUACAGUAUAAAAUGUGAAGUAUUGAAAUUAAUAUCAGACCCUAUCACGCCCAAUCAGCUUCAUCAAUUGAAUAAAUAUUAAUAUCGUGAUUAAAUAAACAUUUUAUGGAUCUAUAAAGCAACAAUGUAUAGCUUCUAGGACAAUAACAAUGUUUGCUGAGUUUCUAAUCUCGAUGCAUAUAAUAUCUAUAAACUCACACUGUUAACCCCAACCACAUUGUAGAUGAUUAAAUGGCGAAUCUGCAUAACCAAUACGGUACAUGAAGAGCGUGUUUUGUACCAUUUGUUUAUCUAUUGUGAUCAUCAAUCAAUAUAUGUUUUGGCUAGAAAUAGAUUAAUAUUAUAAAACUAUUAUAUUAAUGUCAUGUUUUCCGGAUUUAUGAGAAUAUAAAACAGGAUAACAUUAACGUAAAUGAAUUGUAUAUUUUUUUUCAUUGUUAUAGUUUUCUUUCUUAUUAUUUUUGUUUUGUUUUUGUGUUUUUAUUUUCUUUGUUCUUGAAUUCAAAGUACAGGUAUUAAACAUUGUUAACCCUUUUGAGAAUCAAGCAACCUUUAAAAAACCGUUUUAUUAAAACCAUUUCUAUUCCCAGUUUGGAACAAAUAAACAGUAGUUGUACAGAAAAUUAACAUAUAUAUUCAAUCAAAUUAUAUUAGGCCACAACUUAUAUUAAAUUCUUUUCCCAAAGCAAUAUGAACAAAUUGAUGAUAAUCUAAAACCAGAAUAGGAUGAGUUAUGGCCGUAAUAAGUCUAUGGAAUUGUCACUGUUUACAGUAUGGCAUUCAAAUUUGAACUAGUACUUUAUUUUUAAUAAACUAUAAACCGUCUAAGUGACGUCAGUAAGACACGUGCGUGGUUGUCAAUCAUUAUGAAUAUCAUACGCCACUUUUAAAAGCUGUCUGUCUACAGUAAGCUCCGCUUGAGAACAGGCACAAAGCUGGUUGACCAACUGUAUUAACUGGUUUGACAAGACUUGGGCCACUGAGUAAGGCGCUGACUCUUUAACCAGAGGAUUCCGGACGUUGGCCGAUAAAGUUCUUCGGUGCCUUUCAGCGUGGUUUCCCCUUGUCUGUUGUGCAGGACCGAGGGUCGUGCACGGAAAAACUAUGCCAAUUGUAAUUCGAUAAGAAGUGGGCGAAAACGUUUAUGUCCGGUCAAAAUUUCCCUGGUAUGCCCGUUUUUAUCCCAGUUGGUGCAGAACCAAGCGAUUAUUAAAAUAAUUGUUUCUAAUCCGUAAAUGUAUAUUCAAUUAGGGAACAGAAAAUAGAACAACAGUAUAUGGCUACUGAACAGACAGUCCAGAAACUCCAAAUUGGCAAAGUAGGAAAAAAAAGAAAAAGCUUUUAACUAUGUGCACGAUCAAAACACAAUCAGCCAUGUAGUAAGUGGUAUUCAGUGCUAGCGUUUUGCCUUUCUGAUAUUUAUGCAUGAAUUCAGAUUCGAUGACGAAUUAUUUUAACGGCAAUUUUCAAGAUCUUUCAAAUUCAGUCGUUUCAGUAUUUAUUUGUAGAGUGACCUAUUUCAUUUAAGUGCACUUAAUAAGAAAUGUAUGCCGUGAAGUUAUUUAUUGCCGAUUUUUAGAGCUAUUAGAACUAAACUUGUUUCUUUCGAUCUGGUGUUUGUGAUUAUAUUUCUAAUAAAUAUAUUUGUUCUAAGACAUUUCAACCGUGUUUUUUUUACUCCACCUGGUCUGGUACCGUAAGUUAUGUCAAUUUUUACAAUGUUUAAUAUUCAGUCUAUCGGUAUUUAUUGUGUCAAGUCAACUAUUUUAUGUUAGUAGUGUCAAAUAAAAAAAUGUAUGCCAUUUUUAUGUCGGCACUUAACGCAUAGUAUGAACGAAAAUGUAAAUUUUUUACGAUUAGAAAUUCAAUUUCAUAUUUAAUGUAAACAGGUAAAAUGCACUCUCUUCUUACUACAUAUCUUAAUAUUUGCAAUUGCCUUCUUUGGCUACCUUUUCACGUUGUGUAUUUUCUUUUUACUAUCUCCGCCGUUAAAACGGAACUCAGAUGGUAAUCUCUCUGGAACCCAGUGAUAUCUAAAUCUGAAAUGGCUGGUUUGGGCUUUUUAACAGAUUUGCUUACGUUCUGACUUAAGAUUCAGAAUAAUGAAUUUGAUUUGAUGGUUACAGUGUAUGAUGCAAUUAGUAAAUUUCCAAUCACGUGUCAAAAAUGACAUUCUGAUUCCCACGGAACCAGCUAUAUUUACCAAAUUAUAACACUUUUUAUGUGUAAAUCCGUCACUCAUUAUUUGAGUGCAUUUGGUGUGACUUCUAUACAAUGUGUGUAUAUGACCCGAAUAAUUAGUUAAAGAUACAAUAUGGUCGCAAAGACCAUAGUACUACACAUAACCUACUCCUAGUGUGGAUUUUUGCAAGUACUAACGCACGCGCUGCAGAUCCUUAAUAAGACCCUUGAUAGGUUCGAUCCUAGGUUUGUGCUUGACAAGUUGUGGGGUUGCCUGCUGAAGUUUUCGUGUUUUCUUUAUGAAAUCCGACCCCCACCCACCGUUAAUGACCCCCCGCGCAUAAGCUAAUUGUUGAAAUAAACAAAUUAAUCAUGUGAUUAUAGAGUUCAUUUUAUCCAAAAUUGUCUUACUACAAAUGUUACCACUUUAAAGCAGAGUAUAUUUGGUUUAGGUUUUGGGAACUAAACAACUAGAAUAUAUAAACACAAACAACAUUCAGUUUCUUCAGUUACUAACGACAAACGUACUAAACACUUGACCAGUUAUUUUUAUAUUUAUUAAUUUGUACAUGAUUAUGUUAGAUAAAGAGUUGACUGUCUUGUUAGAAUAGUUAAAAAAUAAAUUAUGAAAAUUGAAGAUAUGGAAAAAUUCAUUCAAAUUACUUUAUUAGUGGUUGAGGUUUUGACAAAAUGUAGCGUAGAUUGUUUAUCUUGGCAACGGUACUUGACAAUCGAGACUAUGUCUCGAUUAUAUAUUUUAGCGUUAAACUCUUAUAUGACUACGGUGUUCGUAUCUACUGAUAUCGAAGUCACCCGAUGGCCCAGGGAGUUUAUUAUGGGAUUGAGAUGUUAAUGAAGUGGGGUUUAACGUCCUACUGUUCUGCACGACAUGUUAAUGAAUGUUUAAAUACUAAUUUAUAUAACAUUUUUAGCCAGAAAAAAAGACCCACAGUAGGGAGAUAUAGCUCUUACAUAAUGCAUCGUAUGCGUUUCCAUUAAUUAUUAAUGUUGUUUAUUUUCAUUAUUACUAUAUUUUAUUUUAUAUUAAGACCUUAUUCUAUAUUAUUGUCUAAUAAUUAAUGUAUUUUUAUUAUGAUAUUUGUAAAUUUAUAUUUUGUGUUACUAACUAUAAACGUAUACGAAACCUUCUUGUAUUUAGUUUCAGCUUCCGUAUAUUAGUACAUGUAUAUAGAUUUUCCCUAUAUUAAGAUGUUGGUCCCCAAACACCCGAUUUAGUGUCGAGUUUGGAUAUCAAUGGGUUUUGGAGAAACAGUAGCACAUGUUUCUGUAUUAAAAGGCUAGUUUGUUCCGUUGGUUGACAACUUGGCAUAACUAAGAGAGCGUUUACCAUACGAUAAAAGACCAAUAAUUUAGGGUUUAAAUGUAGUGCGACUAGGUGUGUAUAGCCCUCAAAGUUUUAAUAUUAUGUAGCAGCAAUAUAAAAGUGCUUUUAUAUACAACAAGCAACCAUAUGUAAAUUAGAUAAAAGGGGGCUAGUGUGAUCACAUUUUCUGGCAGUAGUAUUUAGUUACCUUUGGACUUUGUCUAGAAGUAUUUAGCAAUACAGGAUUAAUAUUAUAUUAACAUAUUAACAAGACAUCGGAUGGUAUCUAAAGAUAAAAACUGACAGAUUUACCAAUAUUUCUUGUAUCAAAAUAACAAAAGAUUACGAAGGUUAUUGAUGUGUUCUUCAAUCUGCAUAUUACUGUCAAAGAUAGCACCAAUGUUCCGGGUUUACAAAGAAGGGCAUGUUUCUUGAUUAGCAGUUAAAUAGGUGUAUUACCAUUCACAUUAUUAUGUAAUCUAUUUAUAGAUUAUAAAUGUUCAGUUUGAUCGCGGAAUCCGGACAUUCAUCAUUUUGUUUCACUCAUAUAUUACACGAGCUAUACUUUAGAUUUUAAUUCCAUUCUGGCCGAUCUUAAAAGAUCAUUCAGAAUGAAAUAAAUAUCAAUUUGCAUGCUAGUAUUGAUUAUGAAUACCACAUUUUCCACCAAUACUUCCGCAUGUUAAGGUAUAUAAUGUAACGUUCUGGUUUCGAUUGACAUAAAAAAAAUUCAAUUUGACACAUAUUUAUUUGGUUAUAAAGUCAACGAUUUUUUGGCUUGUGAUAUCCUUAAGUUGACUGUACUGUAAGAAGCGUAUAGGGGUCAAUAAUCUGUUUAAUAAUCUGUUAUAAAAAUACAUUUGCAUGCUUAGUUCAAACAUAAAUAAAAAAUAUUACUUA